GUCUUGUACAGACCCAGGUCAGUGGUUUUACCAUGGAGUUGGGGAAAGUUCAUCUGAAUCUAAAGACAGUGCUGUUGACGAUGAUGAUGUUCAAAUGGGGAAUCCUCUGCACAGCCACAUCAGACAAAUGUUUGUCUUCACCCUGCCAGAAUGGAGCUUCCUGUGUGGACACCAUGGAUGAUUAUGCCUGUAUCUGUACCAGAGAGGAGGUCCGAUACAUGGGCAAGAACUGUGAUGAACUCUAUGACGCCUGCUCCUUUGCCCCAUGUGAAAACUGCACAAGCACCCCUGGCACCACAGAAUACCACUGCAUCUGCCCGGACGGACUAACAGGCGAUAACUGCACAGAGGAGGUGGACGAGUGUCAGAGCAACCCAUGUUCUGAACCCCGUUCUCUGUGUGUUGACCAGCUGAAUGGAUACUUCUGCAGAUGUCCUGCUGGGUACGGAGGACAGGACUGCAGGACUCAUGUGACGGACUGCAUCGAUGAACCCUGCAGGAACAAUGGGAUAUGUGUAUUACGACCAGAGGGCUUUGAAUGCCGUUGUGCGCCAGGGUUUGCAGGGAGGAACUGUGAGGAAGAUGUGAAUGAGUGUUCAUCAGAGCCCUGUCAGAAUGGAGCUAUCUGUAUAGAUGGAAAGGCAGAGUUCCACUGCUUCUGUGUGCCUGGUUUUCAGGGCUAUAACUGUGAAAUCGACAUCAACGAGUGUGCGUCGCGACCCUGUGAGAACAAUGCCACCUGCAUUAAUGAGAAGGACCACUACGAGUGUGAGUGCCUGGAAGGCUUUGCAGGAGUCAACUGUGAAACUGAAAUAGAUGAGUGUGAGUCCAGCCCCUGCCGCAACGGAGCCACCUGCCACGACCUGAGCGCCAUGUACUCCUGUGAGUGUCUGCCCGGGUUUGACGGCAUCGACUGCGAGGUUGACGUUGAUGAGUGUGCCAGUGAGCCGUGCCUGAAUGGAGCUGUCUGUCACGACAUGGUGAACAGCUAUAAAUGUGACUGCAGUGAGACAGGAUUCGAGGGUGACCUCUGUGAAGUGGAUAUCCCUGAGUGUGCCUCUGAUCCCUGUCAGCAUGGUGCCACAUGUCUAGAGGGAGUCAAAGGAUACACCUGUCUCUGCUGGCCAGGUUAUGAGGGACCAAACUGUGAGAUUGAUAUCGAUGAGUGUGCUGAGCAGCCCUGUGAGAACAGUGGGGAGUGUUUUGAGCGUUCAGAUCCGUCUCACUGGGAGCUGGACUGGGAGCUCAGCUUUGCAGACGCAGCUGGGUACAUCUGCCAGUGUCAGCCAGGGUUUGCUGGUGAGAACUGCUCCGUCAACAUUGAUGAGUGUGAGUCUGAACCCUGCCAGAAUGGAGGCUCUUGUAACGAUAAGAUCAAUGGCUACACCUGCACAUGCUCUGUUGGGUUUCUAGGUGAGCUGUGUGAAGAGAACAUUGAUGAAUGUGAGAGCCAGCCUUGUCAAAAUGGUGGUUGGUGUGAAGACGGCAGGGCGUCCUACACCUGCCACUGUCCUGAGGCAGAGCCAGGUGAACUUCCCUGGGGAGGAGAUCACUGCCACGUGAAACUCCAUGGCUGUGUGGACCAUGAAUGCCAGAACGGAGCCACCUGCCACCCAUGGCUGGAGAGUGGAGAACACGGUCACACAUGCUUGUGCCCCCCUGGCUUCUACGAUGAGCAGUGCUCCACCAGAACAACCUUUUCCUUCUCCACUCCUGGAUUCAUUCACAUCCAGGUUGUUCUAGAAGAAAGGACACGGAGGGAGGUUGAGCACCAAGUUCACAGUGGUUUCGGGUUACAGCUACGCUUCCGGACAACUAUACCCAAUAUGUUGCUCUUCUACAGAGGUGAUGUGGACUGUCUCCUCCUCUUGGAGAUUGUGAAUGGUGGUCUUCAUGCAAAAGCCUUUUCUGAGGAGUCUGAACUGGAUGUCACUUUUCCUGGUUUGGUUAGUGAUGGAGACUGGCGGGAUGCUCAUGUGUUUAUAGAUAAUGAAGGUCUGGUCUUGAUUCUAAAAGGCCCUGGCUGUGACAGGGAAGGAUGCAGAGUUAUAGACAGCGGUACUGAUGAACCACCUUUCCAGCCCUCUGAAGCCUUCACUCAUAUUUAUGUAGGUGGAGCACCAGAGGAGCUUUUAGAGUACUCUCUAAGUGGUGCAGGCUUCAUUGGAUGUAUGGAAGACCUGAUGAUCGACUCUAAGCCUGUCCUACCCCAAACACUUCCAGAGGACCAAGGCCAUGAGCUGGGGUGCAGUAAGACUGAAUGGUGUGAGCCCGACCCCUGCUAUGGACAUGGACGCUGUGUGGACCUGUGGACCAGCUAUCAGUGUGACUGCUACCGUCCCUUCCACAGUGAGAGCUGCUCUGAAGAACUCCCUUCAUGGACAUACAGCCAUGAGGACACAGUGAGUUUCAGUGCCUACGAUGUAGGUAAGAGCCAUGGGAACAGCUUCAAUGUGUCCUUCUUCGUGAGGUCAUUAAAGCCAGACGGGCUUCUGUUUCAGCUGAGGAGACCCACAGAGGAUGAGGGGGGAGAGGUCUACUUCUCAGUCUACCUGGGGAUGGGGAGGGUUUUUGUCAGCUCUCUGCCUAACAGUGCCCCACUGACCGCUCCCAUUUUUGUGACCACUGGCGAGAAGCAACUACUACAGGUGGAAGUCCGACACAAGCAGGUGAUCUUUGAGCAUGCAGGCCUUCGCUAUGGAAUAGGAGAAAUUCCUGAAGUGAAUGUUAACAGUGGGGAUAAGGUCUAUGUUGGAGGACUUCCGGGAGACUGGAACUCUUAUUUGUGGGGGGGGCAUUACAAAGGUUGUCUGCAGGACCUUCGUUUGGACUCAGUGCAUCUAGAUGUGGAUGCCUGGAACGCCUCUGAUGAGGAGGAAGUGUAUUUACCAAGUGAUGCUGAAAAUGCUAAGAAGGGCUGUGUCAGUGAUGAUACUUGCAAGAUGAAGCCUUGUCAAAAUGGAGGAGAAUGCAGCAUCACAUUCAACGAUUUCACGUGUUCCUGUCCAGAGGAAUACACCGGAAAGACCUGUGAGACCCGCGUGUGGUGCGUUAGUGAUCCUUGUGUCAAUGGUGGCCACUGUGUGGACCUUCCUGAUGGAUAUGAAUGUGUGUACAAUGCCACAUUUGAGAACAACCCUGUGCACUACAGUGCUGGAGGCUCCCUGGCUCAGCCUGUCUCUGACAUAUACAUUGAGCUGCGGACUCGUUCAGAGAACGCUGUGCUCCUGAGGGCCUCCUGGGGCUCUGACCUGCUGAUGGUGGGUCUGCUGGACUCUUCUGUCCGGUUGGAGAUCCACAUUGGCAACAGUGUCGAGACGCUGACCUUUUCAGGAGUUCGUCGAGUGGCUGACGGGAACUGGCAUCGUGUGAACAUCUCAAUGGCAGAGAAGGAGCGCAAAGCCUCUCCCUGGGUCAUCACCGUGGACGGAAUCACAGAUGCCACAAGCAUGCCGGAGCACACGGGAAGCCUUCACUUUCUCAAUGAGAAGGGGGCCACUUUGGCUAUCGCAGAGAGCUUCACUGGCUGCUUGGGUGCAGUAAGAGUUGGAGGAGUCUACCUUCCUUUUGUGGAUGACCAGAAAGCCCCGCAGCCAUCUCAGUUCCAUUUAGAUGGAAAACCAAAGAUUCAUUUGGGUUGUACCAGCGCUCCUGUUUGUGAUUCAGAUCCUUGUCUAAAUGGAGCCACAUGUGAAGAUCUCUUUAAUAAAUUCAGCUGUGUCUGUGACUCGGGCUGGGAGGGAGAACAGUGUGAGACAGACACUGAUGACUGUGCAUCUCAGCCCUGUGUUUAUGGAAGCUGUAAGGACUACUUGGCUGGUUUUGAGUGCCGUUGCCACCCUGGAUAUACUGGCACGCUUUGUGAUGAGGAUCUUGACGAAUGUGAGCAUCAUGCCUGUGAGCAUGGAGGCACCUGUCAGGAUGGACCCAACAUGUACACCUGUAUAUGCCCCAAGAACUACAGUGGUCCUCUCUGCCAGUGGGACUAUCCUCCACUAAAGUGUGGUGAAGAUGUCCAGUGUGCAAAUGAUGCUAUCUGCAAUGAUGGACUGUGGGGAGCGAACUGUACAUGCAUGCCAGGUUUCACAGGCAGCAGGUGUGAAAUGGAGACUAAUGAGUGUGAGUCUAACCCCUGUCAAAAUGGUGGUUCCUGUUUGGAUCGGUUCAACAUGUUUGUGUGUGAAUGCCUGCCUGGCUACAGCGGUCCAGUCUGUGACAGUAACAAACAAGCCCAUAAACAGGGAAUCCCCUGGCUGGUGGUAGCCAUCCCGCUGCUCUGCUUCUGUGUGUUGAUACUGAUCAUUGGCUUGACCUUUAUGGUACUCACGGCGAGGAAGAAGCGGCAGUCGGAGGGCGCGUACAGCCCCAGCGCUCAGGAGCUGGCUGGAGCACGGCUGGAGAUGGACAGCAUGCUCAAAGUCCCACCAGAGGAAAGACUCAUCUGACACAUGAAGGGUGUUGGGAGGGGGGGGUCUGAGCACUGCAGGUAGGUGCACAGGACUCAUUGUGAAACCUUCAGAUGCUCUCAAUACCUGGGCUGGACUGAAGGAAAUAUGCCCUCUCCUGGUGGUGACCAGGUACUGACCCAGUAACAGAAAUGUUUUAACCAUGUGGGUACUUUGAGGACGUCUGAGGAACCAGCCCCAAGAAACAUCUCCUCAGAAACUCACUGAUAGGAUGGGUUUCUGAGGUGCAUUUCCACAGUUUAACUCUACACACUGGUUUCUCUGGCUGGUUUUAUAGUCCUGACUAGUGUGUAGAAGCUUUAUUUCACGACUCACUGCACGGUCCAGUGCUACAAGCACACAAACAAUGGGAAAUGGCUUCUGGUGCUUCCAUUAGUCAGAGGAUCAUGGUACACCUGUGGUGCUGCUGGAAACUAGGUUGCAUUCAUAGGAAAUAAUUAUCAUUAGAUGUCAGGGGCCCAAGCAGCGUCCCGCACUGUCAAGCAAAUACACAGGGCUGUAAAGCUGCAGAUUCUUUAUUGGCCACUAGAAGCUGGAUCUAAGAAAGGCUGUGCUGGAGUUAAGAUUUACAUUUUCAAAUAAUUUUAUAAUUAAUAAAUAAAUAAUAAAUAUAACAACACUUUAAAAUGAAUAAGAAAAAUGUUACACAACAGAAAGUGUUGAUUAAGUGCAAAUACUGGAAACAGACCUAGUGAACAAAAGAUGCCGCACAUGAAGCAUGUGACUUAAACAUCACUCAAUCUUACACUGAAGAGACAAAAACAUCCGAUCUGACCUUCCUCACAUUUCUACAUGAAACAAACUGAUUUUUCCUUCAUGUUUUCCACGUGGUUCUUGUUUGUUUGAGCUUGGGCUGGAGCUCUUUUAAUUGAUCUUCAUCUUGUUUUGUGUUGUCUUCUGAAACGGUUAUUAUUGUUAUAACCAUUAUUAACCCUGGAAACACAGACAACACGACUUCUACACCUUUCUCAACAGUGACAUUGGCGCUGUCACGCUGUAACUGCUGCAUUCUGUCAAUGCUGGACUGCCAGUCGUGCUCAACAUUCCAUUUAGUUGAAUAUUGUACACAAAACCUGUUCAAAACUCAGCACAGCCACACUCUCUGUUACAGCAGGUUGAGGAACGUGGACUUCCUGGUUCCACUAACUGAUUAAAAUAGAAAACUGAGAGGGUGACAUCAUAGAGAUUAGCAGCAAUUAUCAAAUCAACUCUUUCCUCCCCACUAAAGUAUUGUAGCACUAUGACAACCUGAUGACAGAACAGUUGGAAGCAGUUCUAUCAAAGAAACUCACCAAGAGCACCAGGAAACGUACAGCACCUUAACAACGUCACAGAGCAGAUGAUGUUUAACAAGCUUAUAAGAAGAUACCACACAUGCUUAUCAUGAGCUGCUCUGGUCUGCAGGGAGCUAUAGGACAAUGUAGGAAAGCACUCAGUGAGGUUAGUCUGGGGCCACAGGGUAAAUUUGGCUACUGUAGUAGGACGUGUACCAGUCGGUCCCUGACAGGUGGACAGGCUGUGGCCACCUUGAGGUUUCUCGCUCCAUGUGCUAUCCAUCCAGCUCCAUUAUUUUCAUUAUUUUGUGGGAGGCUUUCAUGUCUUGCCCCAAUCAAGACUGCUCUCUUUAGUUUGUAACCUGCACACACAGCAGCUUUAUUAUAAGCCCAGAGAGCCCAGUACUUCUGUGCUCAGUACAACAAUGACCCGGACCCAAGUGUUCUGUGUCAUUUAGUGUGAGGCAAUUUGAUUAAAGAUAGAGUAUGCACUAUGUGAGCACAAUACAAACAAGAACAAGAGUCUGACAAUUCCCAUAAUGCUUGACCAUCGACGUUGCACAUCACUUUAGUGCACUCUUUAAAAAAAAAAAAAGAAUCUGUGAAAAGAAUUUCUAGCUCCAGUUCUUAUGUGCUGUCACACACUUAUAGACUUUCUCAACAACAAAAGCAUUGAUACAAGACACAAUAGUUUGAAAUCAUGAAAUGUGGGAUGACACUGAAGCUUCUCGCUGGCAAAUAACAACAGCCUCCAAGGAAUUCCUGUGUAUCAGAGGAAGCAGAGAAAAAGAGGCUGAGGAAAUAUCCAUUACAAAAUAGUGAGCAAAAGGGGAAAUCCAUACAGAAACACACAAAACAUCUAAUGUAUAUUUAAAAAAAAUUAUAAUUCCGUUUCAGAGCCAUUUACCUUGUUUUGUUGACAUUUGUUGGUCUAGUUGUCCUUGUUAGGAACGCAGCCUGUUGUACAGUUUACUCCACAAGCUGACUUUCCCGUAGCGGUUUCUCUGUGUGACGCAUGUACAGUUUGUAUAUUUAUGUUUAUUCUGUUAAACUGUUGUUGGACUUUGAGUUUUACUGUUAGCAUGUGUCUGCUCAUGUUUGUCUCAGCCUCUUUAGUAGCAACUUCACGUUUGUUUACAGAAAUUGAAGAAUAUAUUAAACCCAGGGGAAUUCAAAAGUGUUUCUUGGGAGAUGAGAACAAACCGCUUCUGUACAUAUGAAGUUCUCAGUAUGUAAAAUAUAUUUUUAGGAUGUGGUUGAAAUAUUGCACCAAAAUAAAAUGUAAAGUUUGGAGGAAAAAACAUGACAUCCUGCAACAUACUAUAAUGUGAAAAAUGUGACAAUAUUAGUUUUUUUUUUUUUUUUAACAAACAUGGAAUCAUUUGGUAAGAAUUUAGUUCCUGGCUGCACAGUAUGUCACCGUUCUCUUUGUCGUCUUUAUUCUGACAUACACAAUCCAGGAUGUUUAUUCAUAAUGUAUUUUAAAGAUGCAACAAAAUGAAAUGCGUUCUUAAGUGUCCCUCUGAUUAGCCUCCGUGCGUUUGGAAAACCAGACUCCAUACACAAAAAGCAGGGGCUUCUGUCUGACCCCCAUUUUAAGACUACAAUUUUGACUUGUGUGCAGAAAAAAAAUGUUUCCUAGAUCAGAUUCAUUUGUUGACUAAGGAAACUAUUCCAUUAUAACUUCAUAAGAUAUGUGAAGAAAAAUGAAUUAGAAGAACAUGUUAUAGUAGCUUUUGUGAUUCAGCCAGGGGGGCUCAUUUAUUAUUAGGUGCGUUUGACUCAUGCGACGGUGCGCAGCGCAGACUUAGCGUGAUUCAUGCUGGACUAAUGCUGCGUUCCAGGCAACUGGGAACUCGGAAAUUGACCUCUGACCUCCAACUAUACAAAGUACCAUAGAAUGCCACUUGAAGUCGGAUUUCAUACUUGUGAACUCGGAGAAAAAAUAUGUAGCUCGACUUCAGGAGUAGCAGCUGGAUGACAUCACACAACAAUGGCAUCUCCCAUGGAAGCACACAUAAACCAUAAACUAAGAGGCAAAGUAAAGGAUUAAAUUAAAAUAAUAGGCCUACAUACUAGUAUCAAAUAGUAAAUCUUGUUCUGCAUGUAAAUUGAUGUAGAAAUACGUUGUCAAUGUUAUUAGGCAGCUGGUUACAGUAAAGAAUCUCUGAAAGUCAUCUUCUCUGCCCAAAAGUUAUUCAGGAAAGUCUUUGGACACAUUUGGAAAUAUAGCCCACAACUUUUGCCUACUUUUGAAGUACCAACUGAUGUAGCUAGAAGGAUACACAGUUAACGAGUAACCUAUAUUUAAUGUUUGUUUUUAAUAAAAUGACCAUCCUUUUAAUUAACACCAAGCGCACUGCUGAGGGUUUAACUGCACAUAAUUUUGCCAGUUUGUCACGGUCAGCCAUGUUUUUCGUUGACUAUCGGCGUCAAAAAAAUCUGCUGGCCGGCUGAGAUCUGCUAAACUUGGGGGAGAGGAGCAGCUCAGCAACCUUUGGACAAAUAAACACCCGUAGUCUGUCUGGAUUCUGCUCUGACAACUACACCGUUUACUCGUGGGAAGAGCUAGGAGUAAACUGCUUUUAUUAAAUGAGCUUUUUACUUUAGUUUUUGGAAUUUCAACGUUGAUUUAUCUUCACUGGAGCU